GGGAUUGGAGCCGCCUGGCCCUCGGGGUCAUGCUGAAGGCUGGGGCGGGGGGCCGGCGGGCCUCAGACUGUGGCCCUGUCCCUCUCCGGCCCAGGUGCAUCACCAAGUUUGCCCAGUACGUGGGCUCCUUCCCCGUGGAUGACCUGGACACACAAGAGCGUGUGUGGCUGGUGCAGCAGCAGCUGUGGGCACUGAAGGACUGCCCCCGCCGCCGUGCGGUCAUCCUGAAAAUCAGCCUUCAGGGCCUGAAGAUCUACAGCGGGGAGGGUGAGGUGCUCCUGAUGGCCCACGCCCUGAGGCGCAUUCUCUACUGCACCUGGUGCCCCAGCCACUGCCAGUUUGCCUUCAUGGCCCGAAAUCCCCGGAGCCCGGCCAGCAAGCUCUUCUGCCACCUCUUUGUGGGGAGCCAGCCUGGAGAGGUCCAGAUCCUGCACCUGCUUCUCUGCCGGUCCUUCCAACUCGCUUACCUCUUGCAGCACCCUGCGGAACGGGCACAACCUGACCCCUGCCCGGGGCCUGCAGGGGAUGCGCCCCUGAAGCUACCUUCCAGUCCUGGGGGCCCCCUUGGCCUGGUGCGGGAACCCUUCGGCCGUGAUCAGCUCUCCCAGAACGUUCACGCGCUGGUCUCCUUCCGGCGGCUGCCGGCAGAGGGGCCGAUGGGCAAUGGGAAGGAGCUGUCAGAGUCCGAAGGCCGAACUCGCCAUGCCCGCCUGGGGAACCCCUACUGCUCGCCCACCCUGGUACGAAAGAAGGCCAUUCGCAGCAAGGUGAUCCGCUCCGGGGCCUACCGGGGCUGCACCUACGAGACGCAGCUGCAGCUGUCUGCUCGGGAGGCCUUUCCCGCUGCGUGGGAGGCGUGGCCCCGCCGCCCUGGCGGCCCCUCGUGCCUGGUGGAGACCGAGGGCAGCCUGACGGAGAACAUCUGGGCCUUUGCCGGCAUCUCCAGGCCCAGCGCCCUGGCUCUGCUGCGGAGAGACGUGCUGGGGGCCUUCCUCCUGUGGCCUGAGCAGGGCGCCGGCCGGUGGUGCCUGUCCGUGCGGACGCAGUGCGGCGUGGUGCCCCACCGGGUGUUCCGGAGUCACCUGGGCCGCUACAGUGUGGAGCACCUGUCGGCGGAGUUCUCCAGCCUGGAGGCCCUGGUGGAACACCACGCUGGGACCGAGCGCAGCCUCUUCUGCUACCUGGACAUGGGCCAUCUGAACCCCGGCUAUGAGGAGCAGGACUGUGGGCCCGAGGGCAGGCCUCCCCGGACACUGCGGCCACUGAGCCACGCCAAGUCCGAGGCAGAGCUGCAGGGCCUGGGCUAGGGCUGCUGCUAGCCAGACCUGCCUCACUCUGCUCCGGAGCCUCAGCAGGAUGUGCGCCCUUCCUCCACCCA